AUGCUGUCCAGGGCUGGGAUGAAGGUGACGCUGCUGGAGAAGAACCCCGAGGUCGGGGGUCGCUGUCAGUCUGUGGACUCUCAGAAAGUGAAGGGUUACCGCUGGGACACGGGACCCAGCUUGCUUUUGCUCCCGGAGAAGUACGACGACGCGUUUAAGCGACUCGGCACCGACAUAAAGAAGGAGCUCAAGCUCAAGAAGGUCGACCCUGCGUACCGGGUGGUGUUCGGGGACGAGACGCACAUCGACGUGACGUAUGACCUCCUCCAAAUGACAGCGCAGAUGGAGAAAUUCGAGCCAGGCUGCUCCAGCAAUUACUACCGGUUUCUCUCGGUGGCGCGCCGCAUGCUGGAUUUUGGUGUGGAGCGUUUCGUGGACCGUUAUUUCGAGACCUGGCAGGACCUGGUGUCGCCCCUGGAGCUCGUGCCGCAGAUGCUGCUGCGGGGCUGGAUCACCUUGCCGCUUUUAAACAUGCUGGGAUCGAUCGACUGGCUGAUGCAGUCCUUCUUUCAGGACGAGCGCCUGCGGGCGAUUUUCACUUUUCAGACGCUGUACGUGGGCCUCACCCCCUACAGCUCACCCGGUGCCCUGUGCCUGCUGGCGGGGACCGACCUCUCCGACGGGGUCUGGUACCCCGAGGGUGGCUGGCGCGGCGUCAGGGACUCGCUGGCCCGCCUGGCCGACGAGAACGGGGUGGAGGUGGUCACCGGCGCCGACGUGGACGAGGUCGUGGUUGAGGGCGGGCGCGCCACGGGGGUGCGCCUGGCCAGCGGGGAGGAGAGCGUCGGGCCGACGUGGUCGUGGUCAACCAGGACCUGCCGCUCGCGUACCGCUCCCUGCUGCGGAACGCGGACGCGGGGGGCGCCAAGGGCGCCACGGACUUUGCCGAGGACUGGAACAAGAAGGACUACUCCUGGCCGGCCGGCGGAUCAUCGCCUUCUACUGGGCUUUGGACACGGAGAUGCCCUUCCUCAGGCAGCACAGCAUAUAUCUUGGUGCCCCAGUGGAGGCCAAGAAGGCUUGGACACCAAUUACCUCCACCUCGGGCAUCUGCUCGAAGCCGAACUUCUACGUCCACUGCCCUCGCCAGACCGACCCCACAGCGGCCCCAGCCGGAGGAGAGAGCGUGAUGAUCCUUUUCCCAGUCGGCAAUUUGCAGGACAUGGCGAAGGCCGGGAAGAAGCCCACCGGUACGAAGGGCGAGCUCUACGCAGACCUGAAGGCGGCGGCGAGGGAGGCGAUCCUGAGGCGGUUCGAGGAGUCUGGCGCUGGGAAGAUCCGCGAGCACAUCGUGGAGGAGAGUUUGUGCGGGACCCGGAGGACCUCCUUGAGCUGUACGGCCUCGAGCACGGCGCCACCUUCUCGCUGUCGCACGACCUGUUCCAGCUCGCCAUGACCCGCCCUCCCCCUCGCUCGAACGAGGUGGACGACCUCUUCUUCGUCGGCGCCGGGACCCGCCCGGGGAACGGCGUGCCCCUGGUCCUGAUGGGCGCGGGCAUGCUGUCGGAGCAGAUCCUCCGGGACUUCGCGGCGCGGGCGGCGGCGCCCGGGGGCGGGGGUCUCGUCGUGCUCUCCAUCCUCGCGCUCGCAGGCGUGCGCGGCGCGACCGCCAGCCAGUCGAAUCCCCUGGGCAAGGUCGUCGAACUCAUGGACUCCCUGGCGGCGAAGCUCAUCGCGGACGGGGUCGCCGAGGACAAGGCGUUCCACAGGUACGUGGAGUGGUGCGACGAGACGACCUCGAAUCAGAAGUACGACAUCGACACCGCCACCACCAAGAGCAGCGAGCUCGGGGCCACGAUCGCGAAGGCCACCAGCGAUAUCGAGGCGGCCGAAGGCAAGAUCGAGGACCUGGCGGGCAAGAUCGCGAAGGCAGAGGGGGAGCUGACAGACUCCGCGCUGAUUCGCAAGAAGGAAGCAGCCGACUUCUCAGCCGGCGAAGCAGAGCUCACGGACGCUCUGAGCGCCCUGUCGCGCGCGAUCGACAUCAUCUCCAAGGACAUGGCGAAGAACCCCGCAGCUUUCGUGCAGAUGGAUGUCUCAAGCGUGGCCGGUUUGGUCAGCGCUCUCAGCACAAUUGUGGACGCUGCUUCCUUCGGGGGAGCCGAUAAGGACAGGCUCAUUGCAUUUGUGCAGGAGCAGCGGGAUGCCGCUGAGUCGGACGAGUCUGGUGCCCCUGACCCAGCAGCCUACAAAACGCACAGCACAGGGAUCCUGGACGUCCUGGAGGAUCUUAAGGCAAAGGCCGAGGAGCAGCUCGCCACCCUGCGCAAGGAGGAGUCGAACACUAAACAAAACUAUGCCCUGUUGAAGCAGAGCCUGGAGGAUGAGGUUGCCUACAACACGAAGGAGCUGAACGAGGAGAAGGCGUUCAAGUCUGACACUGAGGAGGCGAAAGCGACUGCCGCCGCGGAUCUUGCAACGACCACGAAGUUGCUCAAGGACACGGAGGCAGCGAGGGCGGCAACGCAGGCCGAUUGCAUGAAAUUGGCGACAGACCACGAUGCUUCCACCGCAGGUCGCACUGCCGAGCUGAACACGAUCGCCGCCGCGAAAAAGGUGCUUAUGGAGACAAGCUCUGGCGCCGUGGAGCAGACGUACUCCUUCAUCCAGGGGGAGAGCUCGCACCUGCGCACUGGUGCAGACCUGAAGGGCGCCGAGGUGGCCCGCUUCGUCAAGAGGCUGGCCAAAGACCACCACUCCGAGGCCCUUGCACAGCUGGCAUCGCGCAUCACAGCGCUCAUGCAGUACGGCGGUGGCGCUGGGGAAGAUCCCUUCGUGAAAGUCAAAGGGUUGAUUCACGGCGCUUCGCGAUCAUCGCCCGCGUUUUGUUUUUUGUUCGCUCUCGUGGCCCAGGACGGCUCCGAAGCGGGGCCAUACGGCAGCCCAGAGCUUGUUGCUUUUGUCAGAGCGUGA